CCGGCCUUACGCCAUUUAAUUCUCACAGUCCGCCGCAAGCGCACGUUUGACAUACAAGUGAUAACCGGCCAAAUUAAAAAGCACUAGCCACCAUGUCUCUCGCUUCGAAGUGCGUUCUUCACGUUUUGAACACUGUGUACACGAUUCUCGGGCUCGGUUUGGCUGCUGCGUCGCUAUGGCUCUUCGUUGAAGUGAAAGAGUUUACCAAUUUGAGGAAUAGCAACCAUUAUCUGCUGGACUACAAUGUGUAUUGGCCGCAGGCGAUUCCGUGGCUCUUCUUCAUCGUUGGUUUGGCGGCCGUGUGCGUGUCAGCGUGCGGCUUUAGUGGCGUCAGGAAGGCCAGCAAAGGGAUGAUGACAAUAUACACCGUCUGCCUUGGCGUCGUCAUCCUCCUCCUCAUCGCAGCCGCAAUCAUCGCUCUGAUCUUCGCUGAUAACAAAUCUACUGAUGACUUCAUCAAGGACACUGUGUGGGACGCGUAUUUCCAGUCCAAGACCGACACUGGGGUUGCGACCUCCUUCGGAAACAUCGAGAAAAGGCUCCACUGUUGCGGCGCUGAGGGCCCGAGAGACUACAAGAACUGGAAGAAUGAGUUCCCCACAUCAUGCUGUGAUACGUACUACCACGGCUGGAUUGGAUCGUACUCUAUCGACUGUGACUUCACGAAUAAACUGGCGAACGAACGACACGGGUGCUCAACAGUCGCUUCGCAGUACGCCAGAAUCGCCAUCAAGGUUCUAUCAGCUAUUUCUGUGUUUAUUGCCUUUAUCGGUAUCUUCGCUCUGAUAGCUGCUGUGGCCCUGUCGAAAAACCUGAGGAAAAAACCACGAGCACCACCUUCGGAGGCCGAUAGCAAAAAAGUGCUGUUGUAAAGUGAUACAGACUGUAUUUGUGUAUGUGUUCCUUAGUCUGUGGUCCCGAAAGGAUCACGAAUGUAAGUAGAGUGUCUGAAGUACCAGUUUUGGAAGGAAAAAACCUCCAUUUUGUUUUUAAAAAUCAGUUUUUUUACGUGAAAUUGGAAUUUACUUUUUAAAAUCAUUUUUAAAGUAAUUUUGCAUAAUAUUAAUCAUUUAAUAGACUGUAAAUUACCCAAAUUUUAUUGAAAAAAUGUUACUCGCCUGCGUGGAAAAUUAUUAGUUCGUUUUUUAAAGAAAAACGACGGAAUAGUUUCCACUAUACGCGACAAAACAACCGUAUUUAGUCGCGUAGCUUCCAUACAAAUGCAAAAUGGGCGUGAAGUUGUGAUUGUGAAACUAUUCUUCCAAAGCGAGGUACCUAAUAGGCGUAUGGUAUAAAGUAUGGCGUAGAAGUUGUAUUUAUCUUGUUUAGAGAGAGUUACCAACUUUUAGAACGGAAAUGUUGCGUAAUGUGAUGGAAAGGGCCUUUGGUUCGCCACAAUGUGACUUGUAGAGGAAAGUAACGCCAUGGAAUGGGCGAAAACACAAGUUUUGACAUAAUCCGACCUAAUAGUACCUAAAUGUUUCUAGAAAGAAGUGUGAUUACUAAGUGUGUUUAUACUGUUACGUAAUAAACCAAAAAUAGUAUAUAAUAAGUACGUUCUAAGUAUAUAUUAUACUGACUGAUGUUGGGAGUUAAAUGUUAAUUUUAAUAUAGGAUUUUUCUAAUUAAUAAUGUGUAAAAAGACGUAUGUGUGCGUUGGGCCCAGUUUGAAUGUGAAUCAUCUCAUAAUUAAAUAUUUAAUUCAUUUUCUCAUUAGAUACUUAUUUAGUUUUAAUGACGUUAGUCAAAACUAGUUUGUGGAAAACUAGUAUUAAUUCUGUAUAGAAUCUCGAGACGUCAACAGAUAAAAUAUUGUUCUUAAAACCAAAUGUAUAAGGACUGAAUACGAAUCACAAAUCGUGAAUAAAAUGUGCUAUAAAAAUAUAUUUUUUUCUGUACCUGUGUUUAUUCUAGUAUUUAUCGCUUAGCUAACAUACUAAACAUGUUUGUACCUAGGUUUCUAAAUGUAUAUUGAUGUUAUAUAAAAGCUAGUUUCUUUAGUCAUAUAAUCAUUAUGUCAUGAAAUAUUCUAGGACUUUUUACCAAUGUGUUAGCUAAGCGAUAAAUCUAAAUAACAAAAUCUAUAUCCACCUUUGAAGGAGUCUUUAGUAUUUAAAUCUAGGUCAUAUAAAUACAUUAUAUUGUACAGUGUAAAUAUAGAAUUCAUGAGGGAUAUACCUAACUAUACAAUAAAAUAUACUCCACGUAAAUUUA